AACAAAUAUAAUUUAUAAUAAAAUUUUAUAAUAAAUUAUUUAAAAUGGAUGCAGUGAAGUCAUUUAAUGCAGAGCUUUCGUCUCUGUACGAGGUAAAACCUCCAAUAUCCAAAGCUAAAAUGACGGCUUUAACUCGAGGAGCAAUUAAAGCAAUUAAAUUUUAUAAACAUGUUGUACAAAGUGUGGAAAAAUUUAUAUUAAAAUGUAAGCCUGAAUACAAAGUACCUGGCUUAUAUGUAAUUGAUUCCAUUGUACGUCAAUCUAGACAUCAAUUUGGUGCUGAUAAGGAUGUAUUUGCACCAAGAUUUGCGAAAAAUAUGCAACAAACUUUUGCCAAUUUAUUUCGAUGUCCACCUGAGGAUAAGAGUAAAGUAAUUCGAGUGUUAAAUUUAUGGCAAAAGAAUCAAGUAUUUGCACCAGAAGUUAUACAACCACUAUUUGAUUUUGUUGAUCCAAAUCAUCCGAUACAUCGUGAAGCUCAAUUAGCAGCACAACAAGCAAAUGCAGCGAACGGUGUGAAUGCUAGUUCCAUGCUAAAUAGUUUAAAUAAAAAUUCACCAGCUGGAAAAACACCAACAAAAUCAUCUAUGCAGGAUUCAAGUCAUGUACAAGGAACACCUAAUUCAAAUAAUCCUGUUGAUGGUAAUAUGUUGCAACAGUUAAAACAUUUGCAACGAUUAUUGUUAAGUCAAGCCCAAUCUACACCACAAGAUUCAAGUCAACAUUUAACGUCCGGUGGCCAACCAGUACGAUUUGAUAAAAAGUUAUUAGAUUUUGAUUAUGGUAGUGAAGAGGAAGAUGAUAAGAAUCCAUCGCCAGCUGUAAAUACCGCUCAACAAUCUACUGCAUUAAACUCUGGCAUUGAAUCCUUAAAAAAUAUUUUAUCGAAUCCGGAAGUAUUACGACAAUUACAAACUUUACAACAGUUACAAUCAUCGAGCUCAGGUGUUGUUACACAACCGUUAACUGCGCAAGCGUUAGCACAACAACAAUUAUCAACACAAAUGGAUUUGGAGGAAAAAAUGCGAAAAUUACGUGAAAUGAAACAACAAGAAGAUGAAUUUGAUCGACAUCUAGCACAAACAGUACCAAGUUUACCUUUUGCAGCCGAAUGCGAUUUAAAACCAUCAUCUCAACAUCAACCGGCUUAUGUAAUACCAAAUUUCGAUAUGACACAACCACCACCUGGAUAUGGAGGUCACAAUCAAACUGGGAACAAUACAUCACUUGGUAAUGUGUCCGCUUACAGUCAAAUGUCACAAGGUAGUCCAUUAUUAGAUGAAAUCAACAACGAAUCCGAAAUAGAAUUUGUUGAUGAGAACAACACAAACAAUGGAGAAGUUAUUAAUUUGGAUCAAACUGAUUCACAGAGUCCACAAUCUCAUGAUAUAGAUGAUCGUUAUGAUAGGUCAUCUAGACGCCGAAUACGGUCACGAUCACGUGAUCGUUCACGAAGAUCACGUUCGAAAGAACGUCGAAGACGAUCAUCACAUUCAAGAUCACGUAGUCGAUCACGACGAAGAGGUAGACGUAGUAGAUCACGAGAACGUGAAAAAGAUCGUGAUAGAGAUAAAGAACGUGAAAAGGAUAGAGAACGGCGAAAACGUGGUUUGCCGCCAAUCAAAUCCGAUAAUUUAAGUGUUUGUUCAACGACACUAUGGGUGGGCCAUCUUUCAAAAUUGGUACACGCUGAUGAAUUAUCCGAUACAUUUGGUGAAUUCGGUGAUAUUGUUAGCAUCGAUUUAAUACCACCCCGUGGUUGUGCAUUUAUUGUUAUGAAUCGUCGUCAAGAUGCAGCACGUUGUUUAUCAAAAUUACGUAAUCAUAAGAUGCAAGGUAAAGCGAUUACAUUAGCAUGGGCACCUGGUAAAGGUGUUAAAGGUAAAGAAUGGAAAGAUUAUUGGGAAGUUGAGUUGGGUGUAUCAUACAUACCAUGGAAUAAAUUAAAUCAGAAUACAGAUUUAGAGAGUUUAGAAGAAGGUGGUAUGAUUGAUGAGGAUACAAUGCCACAAUGGAUGAAAAUUAAAGUGGAAGAACAAAGGAAUAUGCAGCAUACAAAGAAAGUUUUACAACCAACAGCUAUACAAGUCACUGAUUCAACACAAUUGGCAGCACAAACAACUGCGGCUAUUCCUGUAGUUGGUGGAACAACCACAACAACUGAUACCACCACAGUACCACCUGGAUAUAUUCCAUUAACUGAUGGAUUAACAGCUCAACCCCCACCAACGGUUGUAACAGCAGCAACAGUACCAGGUGUACCGGCAGUCCCACAAGUGACACCUAGUGGGAUACCCAACGUAGAUACAUCACAACCUCCGCCUCAAACAUUAGCAAUGCCACCAAUGACAAUACCAUUAGUACCACCAUUCCCAAUGAUGCGUGCAGCUGCAGGUGCAACAAUGCCAUUACAAAUACCACCGGGUAUCAUGAAUGUACCGCCCACCGUGGGACCAAUGAAUGUACCACCACCAAAUAUACAACAGAGUUUAUUACAAAAUUCAAUGAUGGGCUAUGGACACGGUCCUGUGUUACCGCCACCACAUAUGGGACAAUUAUCAAUGCCUGGUAAUAAUAAUAAUAUCAUCAUCACGCCUACUGGUCCUUCUACUACUUCUACCACUUCUAGCUCUACUAACAAAGCUGUUAUACCGCCAGCUGGUCCACCUCCGUCAGCUAUAGAUAAUUCGAACAUGGCCCAGCGACCGGAUUCGUUGCUUGGAACCGCACCACCACCUUUCGGACAACGAUUACCGUCAAUGAUGUCUGGCCAACCGUUAACAUCGAAUGUAAAUAAUAAUGCUGGUAGUGGAUCGAACAGUUAUUCAAACAAUAGUGGUAAUGCUAGUGGAGGACAACAUCACGAUGACAUGGAUAUUGAUAUGGAUGAUGCUGAUCCUCAACAACAACGUGAUAAAAAUAAUCAAUUGUCACUUAGUGAUCAAUUGUUAGCUGCCAUUGGUGGCUCAGGAAAUCAAUAUUCAAGAGAUUCAAAAUCAGGAAACUCAUCACACUAUUCAUCAUCUCGUGAGCUUGAUGACAGAUCAUCAAGAGGACCCCCAUCAAAUAAUCGCGAUUAUGAUACUAAUCAUCAUCGUGCCGAUAGUGAAAGUCGUCAUUCACGCGAUCGUGGCCGUAGUCGAGAUAAUGACCGUGGUAAUAAUGACCAUCGGAAUAAUCGACGUGGUGAUAGUCGUGAACGUAAUAACCGUGACCGCGAUCGCGAUAAUAACGGGCGUGGUAGUGAUCGGGGAGGUAGUGAUCGUGACAGUAGAGAUCGACGUGAUAACCGUGGUGAUCGUGGUAAUAAUCGGUGGUCGGAACAACGUGAUCGUAGUAACAAUAGAGGUGAAAGAGACGAUCGUGAUAAAAGACGUAGUGAAAAAAGUCUUAGUGAACGAUUACAAGAAAUGGCUAAUGAAAGUGCGUAUCCUCAACGCGGACGACCUGCUGAAAUGGAACGACCUCCAAUGUCACAAACACCAGCACCUUCGGCCCAUAACAAUGCAGCGCCACCUUCAUUACUAGAUUUACCUCCGUUACGGCCUGAUAUAAUGGAUGGAAAUUCAAACAACGAAUCAAAAUCAUUUCCACCAUUUCAACAACGAUCGCCGAAAGGUCCUCAUGAUCGAGAACAUGAUGAGAAUAGGGAUCCAAGAAGUCAUAACGAUUUUGAUAAUCGUCGUGGCGGCCCACCUGGUGGAGGCCCUGGCAAUGAUUUUCAUGGAGAUAAACGUGGUCCAAUGCCACCAAUGCGUGGUGGUCCACCUCCAUUUAUGCCACCACCAGAUGAAAUGGAAAGAGGUGGUGAUAGAUUUGAUUUCCGAAGAGAUGGAGGCUUUGAAGGGCCACCAGGUCGUGGUCCGCCAAGAGGACCACCAGAUGGACCGCCAGGUUUCGAUGGUAGAAAUAAUGAUGGACCACCUGGUUUUAAUAAUAGAAUGCGUGGUGGACCACCACCGGAGUUCUUUGGACCGCCUGGAUUUGGUCCCAAUCGAGGACCACCAAUGCCAAUGAUGCGUCCCGAGGGACCACCUUUUGGUCCAAGAGGACCUAUGAUGAUGGGAGGACCGCGAGGACCACCACCUCCACAUAUGUUCCACGGACGAGGUGGGCCACGAGGUCCAAGACCACCUGGUUUAUGGAUGGACGGACCUCCACGAGGACCACCAAACUUCGGGCCACGAGGACCCCCACCUGGUAAUUUUGAUGGUUCACCAGACGGACCACCACCAUUCUUUGGAGGACCCGGUGGUCCACCUGGAAUGAGACCACCUUUCGAUGAUGGUCCACCAAUGCGAGGUCCACCUGGACCACGUGGUGUACGAGGUCCACCUGGACCACCACAUGGCCCACCAAUGAUGGAAGAUAGACGACGUUUCCGACAUGGUGAAGAGAAUAUUCGGGAAGAAGAUCGUGAUUUUCGUAAUCGUGAUAGUAAACGAACACGCUGGAGUCGCCAUAAUGAGGAUAAUUUCAAUCAAAAUCGUCAUGAUCGAUCUGAAGAAGGUGACGAAGAUGGUCCUGAGUUUGAUAAUGAAGAGAGAUCAGAUUUUGAUAAUGAUAAUGAACAGAGAAAAGAUGAUACACGAAACAAUGAAAAUACUGAAAAUGAUGAAUCAACGUAUCAAGAAAAUAGUAAUAGCAAUAUUGUAGAAAAUUUUAAUGAAAACACUUGUGAUGAUGGGGUACAUGAAAGUACCGGUAGUGAUGAAGUCGAACAAUCAAAUGAAAAUCUAGGAAAUACAACACCGUUGAGAGAUGAACCAUUUCAAAGUGAAAGUUGUGUUAAUGAAAGUGAAGAACCUUAUAGUGAUGAUUUAGCUCCACCUGGUGAUGAGGACGAUACCCAUCAAUAUCAUCAUCAUCAUAAUACAGAAGUAUCAUCGUCAGAUGUACCUAGUUCUCAUUCACCCGUUGUUGAAAGCCAUCACACAGAGGAUGAUGAUAAUCAACAAGAAUCGCCCGCGCCUGUUGAUGAGGCUAAAGUUGUAGAAAAUACUGAAACAACCGAAGUGCAAGAAGCGGGAUGACAUGAUGAUAUCGAUAAUGAUGUUGUGUUCAACAGUUAGUAGUAUAAAUUCGUAUUAAACAAGUGAAAAACAAAUUUAUCUUGGAAUUUUUCCUGGAAUACUUGAGGAACAACCACAGAUUUUCAUUCUGUUGUGAUGGUGAUAAACAAUGAUGAUGAUGAUGAUGAUGGCCCAAGAAACACAACAAAACAAAAGGUUGUGUUUACGAGUUUUGUUGAUGUAUGUAUUUUACUACUUUUUAUAUAUAUAUUCAAAUUCUAUACGCACUUAGGUCUGUUUUCAUCUUCAAAAAUUUGCCUUAAAACGUUUUUUCGAAAUUUAGAAAAUGCGACGAAAAUAAAUUCAAUGAAAUAUUAUUAUUUUUAAUUUUUACAAAAGCUUCGCUAUAGUAUGCUUGAUCAAUUUGUUUUCUUAUUAGGGCAAACAAUUUCAAUUGCAUUUUCAAAAAGCAAUUUUUCCAAGCUCUAAAGCCAAGCGAACAUAUAGAAACAUAUAACCGAUCUAACCGAUAUUAUGAAGAAGUUUGGAAUUGGUUGUCAACCGGAUAGAAUAAACCUUUGACUUUGUAUUUCUGUCUGUCGACGCUUUGAAAACAUUCAACAAAUUUUUACUAAAAUCGUAGAAUAGAAAAAGUGGGAGAAUUCAAAUGAGACGUUUUUCAUCUACACUCUGCUAAUUGAUACUCCUGCCUUUAUCUAUUCGUCUAGUAUUACCCGUCCUACAAUUCUAGAUAGAGUUUAUCAAGAAUCACUUAAACGUGAAGAUAAUUUGUUACAAUUAAGUAUACCUAAAUUAACGUAAUUUAUUAUAAACGAUAAAAAUCGGUGUGUUAUUUGAUUUACAAUUUUUAUACAAAUUAUGAUGUAGAAAACAUUUUCAAGCAAAAUUGGAAGAAAAGACAGACUUUACAUAUUUUAUUCUCAGAGUA